CUUGGCAUGUCACUGAGGUUCCCUUCAGUGCGAAAUUGCUUAUUGCCCAGCUCAGGAGGAAAUGCUGCAAAGUUGUCACUGCAGUUCCCAGGCUUCCCUCCAAGGUAAUAGGUGAGAAAGCCUAACAGAUUUUGUGUACCUCAAGCCUGCCUUGGAGAAUGCUAGGCUAAAAAGGGGAAGUUCAGCACUGAGUCCAUGAAAAUGGCUUACGGCUGUCUCACUCAUGGGCUGCUGGACAGGAGAUGGAAGAAAUGUCCCUGGGAGCCAAUGAAAAAGUUAUUGCCAGUUCAGGCUGGCGCUGGGGUUAGAGGCAUGUGGGAAACUGCCCCUAAGUUUGAGAUACGUUGGAGGAUAGAAUAGCAAUGGUUGGCGGUUGGUUGCCUAGCAACCUAUUUCUAUGUGAUGGCAACUGGCCUAGGUGAUGAAUCUUAGAAGGCCUAUUCGAUUGGAUGGCUUAGUGGUCAUUAAUUGAUAUCCUGAUUAAUCUUUCCUUGAGUGGCAGAAAUCAGGUAAAGGACUCAAUCCCUGCCCACCUCUACUGGCCAUAUGGUAAUAUGACAUAUAUCUGGCCAGUUCUUCCAAACUGCAUUCAUGAUUUUCCUAACAUGUUUUUUAUAUAUGCAUUGGAUCCGAUACACACUGAUUCUUGGGUGUCCUCUGAUGGAGUGAUUUACUACUUCUAAAUACUUGAAUAGCUUGAUCUUCUAUUUUCCAGGGUCUCCAGUCCAUGCCUGAAAAUGUAUUGAUUUUCUCUAAAAAAGAAAUUGCCCAACUAAGGAAUUGAGGAACAUGGAUAUGGUGCUGGGCCAAAGCAACAAACUCAAGCAAAGAGGUCCUGGGACCUUUGAAGAUGAGAAUGCUUGGCUGCAGGAAUGGAUCCAUGAAGAACUUGCCUAUGGUGAAGUCUGGCAGAAGCAAUAUGAGGCACUGUUAGGGCAUCAUGCCCAGCUCUGCUCCUUGCUACAGCCCAAGAGUCUUAAACUCCUGAAGAAGAAAACUCAAGCAUUGCAAGAAGAGCUGGAGGAAGCCCAUGGAGUUCUGCAGGAGUGUCAGAACCGAAGCCGUCAACGCCAGCUGCACAUCCACAAGCGAGAAAAGGAAAAUCAGAGAAUGGCUGAGACAGUUAAAGAACUGGAACAAAAGGUCUUCAAGCAACAGCUGGAGGAGAAGUCCAACAAAGACACUCUGAAGAUGCUGAGAUCAGAAGGCAAUGAGAUGAAGAGGCACUUGUCUGAAUGGGAAGUCAAGUGGCAGACAAAGAAUGACAGGAACAGGCAGAAACAGCAGCACAUUGAGAAACUGAGCACAGUAAUCCAAGGGCUGUCUCUGAAGAGCCAGUUUCCAGAAAGAUGCACUGUCUGGAGAAAUGGAGACCCCAGCAAGGGGCUUUCUUUGGGAGGAACAAGUGUGUGACCAGAUG